AGACGGGAGGUGAGAGGCAGCAAAUACCCUCUGCAAACUCUCACUGUAAUUCAUGAUGUGACUCUGCUUUCUGUAGCAGGCAGACUAAGAGUAAUGCAUUCUUCCCUCAUCGUCCAUGAAGCUUGGAGCACAUCUCCUCUUCCUGGCCAGCCCAUGACUUCGUGCCCGCACCUGCACCGUGGAAGCCUGAUGCAAUGACACUAGGAAACUUCUCCCGGGUGACUGAAUUUAUCCUUCUUGGGCUUUCUGAUACAAGGGAGCUGCAAAUCCUCUUCUUUGCCUUCUUUUUCCUGGCCUAUGCCAUGGUUCUCCUGGGGAACCUUCUCAUUAUUGUGACAGUCAAAGCUGACCCCAAGCUGUCCUCACCUAUGUACUUUCUGCUCUGCAACUUGUCCUUCAUAGAUAUCUGUUGCACCUCUGUCACCUCUCCCAGGAUGCUGGUGGACCUGCUCUCACAAAGGAAGACCAUUGCCUUUGAGGACUGUAUAGCCCAGCUGUUUUUUCUGCACUUUGUUGGGGCAACAGAGAUGUUCCUCCUGACAGUGAUGGCAUAUGACCGCUACACUGCCAUCUGCAAGCCCCUGCACUACACAGCCAUCAUGAGCCGACAGUGAUGAACCCACUCAUCUACACCCUGAGGAAUAAUGAGGUGAAAGCAUCCAUGUGGAAACUGUGGCAGCGCUGCAGAUUCUUCUGAGAUAAGCUGG